GAUGGUUUGACACCUCUAAUUGACACCAAAAUAUUAAUUUAAAAGCCGAUUUACGACGAUGAUAAACGCUUAGAUUGAUUAUUUGACCCACUAAAUAAUCUAUUGGGUGGUUGAUCAUCGAAAACGAACGUGCCACGCCCCUUAAAGAGAAGGAAAACAGCCGUAAAAGCAUCAAGAGGAGUGGAGGAGACCUGGAGGAGAGAUGACGAUGACCGCCUCGGACAAGUACACGUACCAGCGGGCAGUCCUAUGUCUGGCCCGAGUGCUGGCUGGGAUCCAGCCCACGCCGUGGGAGAAGGUGCAGACAUUGUUCCGUUAUUGCCCGCAGGAGAAUGCCGCGGGCGUCUUCUGCCUGGACACCAGGGCCCAGGAUGCGGUCAUUGCGCUGGGCAUAUACUUUCUGGAGAGUGGCUGCCAGCACGAGUCACAGAUAGUGCCCUAUCUGCUGCGGCUGGCCAAGUGCCUGCCGAAGGCGGUCUGGAUCGAUGAUGCGAGGAGCAGCAAGAUCGAACGUGUGCGCAUCCCGUCGGCCGAAAAGUUCAGCUUCUGCCUGAACACCCUGCUGUCGGACAUUGCCGCCAAGUGCCCGGAUUCGCGCGAGGAGAUCAUACUCAAUCAGGUGGAGACGCUGGGCGCUUUGACCAACAUUGUCAAGUCCAGCAGGGACAGCAGCUCGGCACCGCCACCGAUUAUACUUUGCAAGGCCACGGUGCCGCUGCUAUUUGGACUGGCCCGUUCGAUGGGCCGUUAUGCCAGCAAUGAUCCACCGCUGCUGUGCCGCAUCUUUCCGCCAGAGCUGCUGCCCAUCCAGCGGGUGGGUGGGCGUGACGGCACCGCCAGCAGCAGUGCCAGCGGCACCUGUGGCGGCUCCUUUAGCAGCAGCGAGCGCCUGGCUGCCACUGCCAACCAUCAGUUUCGACCGAUAAUACCCCGCUCGAUGUCCGGCAGCCUGGCCGCGCACCAACACCACCACCAGCUCUAUGACGAUAACCGGCAGCGACACCUGGGCUAUGGCUUCUACAGUAACGCCAGCAAUGCCAACAAUAGCAAGCAGAAGCCAUCCCUGAACAGCUAUUGCUCGGUGCCGUACGAUCCGCGGACGCACUUCUUCACGCGCUACGGCUCCAGCUUUAAUCAGUUCCCCAAUAUGCGGGUAUGCGAAUCGCCAACGAAGGGCGGUCCUCGGCCCCUGUAUCGAGUGCCGCCGUUUCCCAUCCAGCAUCUGCAGACGAUAUUCGCGGUAUCCAAGAAGCUGCUGACCAAGGAUACGCUGGAGCAUCUGGACGAGCAGGCCAGCGAUAUAUUCUCGCUGCACCAGAUUAAGGGAUAUUGCUACAAGAGCUUCUCGGAGACACUCAAUCUGGUGCUGGUGACGUUGCUGCGCGAGCUGUUGCAGCAUCAGGUGGAUUUGCCCACACCCUUCACCAAGGAUGUGCAGGAGUUUGUGAAGCGGCUCUUCCUCAACGGCCAGACAGAGCUGCAGAAUAAGCAGCAGGACCAGGAGCGUGAGCGGCGCGAAGAGAACGGCAUUGCCGUUGUCAACAAAUACAAGGUCAAUGUGAUGGCCAAUGCCGCCUGUGUGGAUCUCCUUGUCUGGGCCAUACGCGAUGAGACGGUUGAUGUCGACUAUACGGUGCCAUCCCUGCAGAAUGGCUUGCAAUUUUUAUUGAAGAAAGAGGCGGACAAACUAUGCGGACGGCUGUCACAGAAGCUGAAUCUCGUGCUCAGCCACAAGAUCGUGAUGGAUCACAUGCCCCUGCUGAUGGUCUGCCUGGAGGGCCUGGGCAAGCUGGCACAGAAAUUUCCCAAUAUAGCCGGAACAUCGAUAUCGUAUUUGCGUGACUUUCUGGUGGACCCCAGCCCCAUACUGGGCAAACUGCAUGCCCAUGCCAUGCAGUCGUUGGCGCUCCAAAAGAAGGAGAAAGAGCUGACGCCAUUCAAGAUUGUGGUGCAGCAUUCGGAUUCGCGUGCUGUGGUCGAUAUUCUAAACGAUAAUCAGAAGCAUGCGGCUGCGGCUGGGGGCCCCGGCGCCAGUGGACGCAGCGGGCAUGUGGCCUUUGAGGCGCUUCGUGAUGCAGCCAUUGAGAAUCUAUCGAUUGCGCUGCGUGCAGCACACACACUGGAUCAGUUUUGUGUGCCCGCUUUGGUGGCCAAUGUGUCCAAUCGUUUGUUUACCGCCGAGAAGCAUGAAAGCGAAUCAAAUUUGGUUAGCCUGAAUAUCAUCGUGAUGCUGGGCCAUGUGGCCGUUGCACUGAAGGACACCUCCAAGACGACACAGAACAUACUGCAGUUCUUCAUUCAGCGCUUCUGCAAGGUGCCAUCGGAGCAGAAUGCCCUGAUUGUCGACCAGCUGGGCUGCAUGAUCAUCUCACAGUGCGAGACGCAUGUCUUCGAUGAGAUCAUGAAGAUGUUCUCCCGGGUGACAGUGCAAUCGGCCUCGCUGGCCUACACCUCAGAUCCGGAGCAUCGCAAGCAGUUCCAUCAUGUCUCCGAUGCGGUGGUGAAUGCCCUGGGAAAUAUUGCUGCCAAUAUACAGGGCGAUGCGGAGAUGCUGGAGCUAUUGGGCAAGCUGCUGGAGCUGUUCGUGCAGAUUGGAUUGGAUGGUGAGCGCUCCUACGACAAUACGCCGGGUGCCCAGAAGGCCAGCUCACGGGCUGGUAAUCUGGGCAUGCUAAUACCGGUGAUUGCGGUACUGGUGCGUCGCCUGCCGCCAAUUAAGAAUCCACGCCAGCGGCUGCACAAGCUCUUCAAGGACUUUUGGGCCUACUGUGUCGUUAUGGGCUUUACCAAUGCCCGUUUAUGGCCAGCCGAUUGGUAUCAGGGUGUACAGCAGAUUGCGGCCAAAUCGCCGCUACUCAUCUCACAAACGGCCCACAAAUCGGAUAUGCGCGAGCUCAACUAUACGCUGGCCAUUAAAAGCGAUUCAGUGAACGAGCUGCGCAGCCAGAUACUGAUGCUGCUCGAGCACUCAUCGGACAAUGUGGCGACGGCCAUCAAUAAGCUGACAUUUGCCCAGUGCACAUACCUGCUGAGUGUCUACUGGCUGGAGAUGCUGCGCGUCGAGAAUGCCGAUGAGCCCAGUCUGGAGCCCAUUAUGAGCUAUCUGUGUGACACGGCACUGCAGCGGGAUAAAACGGGCAUCUGGCAGUGUGUUAAAUGCGUCGCCGAUCAGGUGUUUGAAAAGUUUCGCAAUGUUCUGUACGCCCACGAUGAGAUACGUGAGAAGGUGCUCGAGUCGCAGGCAACGCUGCUGCUUGUCUACUUCAAUCACAUACACAAGCAAAUCCAACUGGUGGCCGAUCAGUAUCUGUCACAGCUGGUGGAUCGCUUCCCCCACCUGCUGUGGAAUCGUCGGGUGCUCUGGUGCAUGCUGGACAUACUGCAGCUGCUGGCCUACUCGCUGACCCUCGAUCCGAAUGAGGAGACGCCCACGCUGCGUGUGGUAUCCACACCAUAUACGCUGCAGCUGAUGGACUCGCUGCCGGCGAGGGAGCUGCGGCUGAAGGACUUUGCCGAUCGCUGUCAGGGCAUUGUGAAUGAGGCGAUGAAAUGGGCGCCACGCUCGACGCGUUCCCACCUGCAGGAGUAUCCCAAUCAGAUACCCACACCGGUGCUGGCCCACCACAGCGGCCUGGCGUUGGCCAUUGAUUCGGUGGUCAAUAGCAGCUACCUCCAUCCGGGCAAUGCCCUGGGCACGCUCAGCAAGCGGCCCAGCUGCGUCAAUUCGGACACGCCCCGAUUCGUGUCGGUUCUGUGCUUGCGUAGCAAGUACGCGGGCGAAAUCAGCGGCCUGCUGUCGGUGCUCAGUGAGCAGGACAAGGCCGGACUGGCCGAGCGUCUGGUCAGCGAUGUGUGGGAGGCGUGCCGGGAUAAGAGCGAUGCCCGUCACCGGGGCGCCCUGUGGCGAGCCACCGCCUACCUCAUCAUCUGUGCGGAGGUGGAUCGCAAGCUGUUGCAUGCCGUCGCCAGUUCGCAGCUGGAACUGUUCACGGAGUCCGUCAUGGAGACGGCCGUCGAGUGCUGGCAGUGGGUGCUGACCGCACGGCAGGAUCUCGAGCUGUGCUUCAUCCAGGAGAUGGUCAGUGCCUGGCAGACGACCUUCGAGAAGCGCAUGGGUCUGUUUGCCCUCGAAAAGGAGGUGACCCAUCCGUUGGCCGCCUUCGAGGGCUGCAAGCUCGUCAGCAGCCCCAUCCUGAUUGCACCGCAUCUGAUUUGGCUGCAGCUGCUGUCGGAGAUGGUGGACACGGCCAAGUACUGUAACCGGGACAAGGUGGAGAUGUUCUGCCUGCUGCUGCACCGCUGCCUGCCCAUUCUGAAGAGCAGUCGACAGAACCGGCAGGUGGCCACCGUCGGCUGUCGCUUCAAGCUGCUGCAAUGCGGCCUCUCGCUGCUGCAGGGCAACACCAUACCCAAGUCGCUGGCCCGGAACAUAUUGCGCGAGCGAAUCUACUCAAAUGCCCUCGACUACUUCUGCGGCCCGCCCACCUGCCCCAUACAGAGCAGGGACCAGCUGCUGGACGACAUACUCAUUCUGCUCAAGUUCUGGCAGACGAUGCGCAGCGAGAAGAAGCAUUUGGUCACCUCCGAGGUGGGGGACUAUGACAUGGCGGCGGCCAAUGCAUCGGGCAGCUCCAAUCAAAUGCUGGGCGUCAAGGCCAAUCCAGAGACGGCAUCGCUGAUCAGCGGUGGGCCCGACUACUCGAUGCGUUCGAUGAGCGCCUCCGGCAAUGUGACGGGCGGCAGCAGCGGCUGGUACAACACCAUACCGCACUCAACGUCAACGCUAUCGAAGCGCUCGAAUCGAUCCAAGCGGCUGCAGUACCAGAAGGACUCCUACGACAAGGACUACAUGAAGAAGCGCAAUCUGAUACUCGAGCUGCUGGCCGUCGAACUGGAGUUUCUCAUCACCUGGUACAAUCCCAAUUGUCUGCCCGAUCUGAUAGUGCCUGGCGAGGAGCAGAUCACCGAAUGGCGCAAUCGUCCGUACAAGGCGAACGUGUGGCGUGACUAUGCCCGCCUUGCCUGGUGCUACAAUCCAUCGCUGGCCGUCUUUCUGCCGCAACGUAUCAAGAAUGCCGAAAUCAUUGACGAGGAGGUCUCCCGCCUGGUCUGCUCCGAUCCGAUUGCCGUCUGUCAUAUACCGGAGGCCCUCAAGUAUUUGUGCACCACCAAGAAUCUGCUGCAAGAGAGUCCCGAUCUGGUGUACAUACUCUCCUGGUCGCCCGUUACCCCCAUCCAGGCAUUAUCGUACUUCUCGCGGCAGUAUCCAUCGCAUCCGCUCACCGCACAGUAUGCGGUCAAGUCGCUAUCAUCGUUCCCCGCCGAAUCGGUGCUGCCGUAUAUACCCCAACUGGUGCAGGCGCUGCGACACGACACCAUGGGCUAUGUGGUGGAAUUCAUUAAGAAUAUAUCGAAGCGUUCGCAGAUCGUGGCACACCAGCUCAUCUGGAAUAUGCAAACGAAUAUGUAUAUGGACGAGGAUCAAAUGCAUCGCGAUCCCAAUCUGUAUGAGGCACUGGAUUUGCUCUCACAGAACAUCAUUGCCUCGUUCUCGGGCGCCGCCAAGCGCUUCUAUGAGCGUGAAUUUGAUUUCUUUGGAAAAAUUACAGCCGUCUCGGGUGAGAUACGUUCCUUUGCCAAGGGCAUUGAGCGUAAGAAUGCCUGUUUGGCGGCCCUUAGCCGUAUUAAGGUGCAGUCCGGCUGUUAUCUGCCUUCAAAUCCAGAGGCCAUGGUGCUGGACAUUGAUUACAGCAGCGGCACACCCAUGCAGAGUGCCGCCAAGGCGCCGUAUUUAGCACGUUUUCGUGUCUAUAGGUGCGGCAUCACGGAACUGGAGACACGUGCCAUGGAGGUCUCCAAUAACCCGAACUCGCAGGAGGAUGCCAAAAUAACGCUGGGCGUUGAGUCGUGGCAGGCGGCCAUCUUUAAGGUGGGCGACGAUGUGCGUCAGGAUAUGCUGGCGCUUCAGGUGAUCACCAUAUUCAAGAAUAUCUUCCAACAAGUUGGCCUCGAUCUGUUUCUGUUCCCCUAUCGCGUCGUGGCCACAGCUCCAGGCUGCGGCGUGAUCGAAUGCGUGCCGAAUGCCAAGUCACGCGAUCAAUUGGGCAGGCAAACAGACUCGGGGCUAUCCGAGUACUUCCAGCAUCAGUAUGGCGAUGAGAGCUCCAAGGAGUUUCAGGCGGCGCGUGCAAAUUUUGUUAAAUCGAUGGCCGCCUACUCGCUGAUUGGGUAUCUGCUGCAGAUCAAGGAUCGCCACAAUGGCAACAUUAUGAUCGACAAGGAUGGCCACAUCAUACACAUUGAUUUUGGCUUCAUGUUCGAAUCAUCGCCCGGUGGCAAUAUCGGCUUUGAGCCCGACAUGAAGCUCACCGAUGAGAUGGUUAUGAUAAUGGGCGGCAAAAUGGAUUCGCCCGCCUUCAAAUGGUUCUGUGAGCUAUGCGUACAGGCCUUUCUAGCGGUGCGCCCCUACCAGGAUGCGAUUGUGUCGCUCGUCUCGCUGAUGCUCGAUACGGGUCUGCCCUGCUUCCGGGGCCAGACAAUCAAUCUGCUUAAGCAGCGAUUUGUGGCCACCAAGAAUAAUAAGGAGGCCGCCGCCCAUAUGCUGUCCGUCAUACGAAACUCUUAUCAGAAUUUCCGCACGCGUACCUAUGACAUGAUCCAGUACUAUCAGAAUCAGAUACCCUAUUAGAUGUGGUUACGGUUCCUGCUGUCGUCCUGUGGUAUGAUGUUUCUUUUGUUUCUCUCCAAAACAAAACAAAACAAAAACAACAACAAAAAGUGUAUUGAAUUAUGUAUUUUGUUUUAUUUUUCUAUGUAUUUUUCUUAACCUAAAUAUCAAUUUAUUUCUGUAUUCCCCCGCUCCCCCGCUCCCAUCGCCCUUAUGAUAGUAAUUAUUAAGGUGUUGCAAGUUUUUCGAAGUAUUUACGAUGCAUAUAUUAAAUCAAUUAUAGGGCAAUAUGUUGUUCAAUGUAUCUGUUACCUACAUAUAUAUAUAUACUAAUAUACAUAACAUAUACACAACAAACCAAACCAAUAUACACCAUUAAAGUAUAUACUA